AUGAGUGGCCGUGCGGCGGAGGAAUACACAUUUACGGAGAUAUUGACAGAAGCAGAUACACACCUUCAGCCCACGGCCAGAGAUUACACUCGGAUCCAAGCAGCUGUCUGGUUUGCUUAGUACCUAGAGGACUUAGCUCCACUCGACAUGGCUGACCAACUGACAGAGGAGCAGAUUGCAGAAUUCAAGGAGGCCUUCUCCUUGUUUGAUAAGGAUGGCGAUGGCACCAUCACGACCAAAGAGCUGGGCACGGUGAUGAGGUCGCUGGGGCAGAAUCCCACUGAGGCAGAGCUGCAGGACAUGAUCAACGAGGUAGACGCAGACGGUAAUGGCACAAUCGACUUCCCGGAGUUUUUGACCAUGAUGGCCAGGAAAAUGAAGGACACUGACAGUGAGGAGGAGAUCCGCGAAGCCUUCCGGGUUUUCGACAAGGACGGCAACGGCUACAUCAGCGCUGCUGAGCUGCGCCACGUCAUGACCAACCUGGGGGAGAAGCUGACGGACGAGGAGGUCGACGAGAUGAUCAGGGAAGCGGAUAUCGACGGGGACGGCCAAGUCAACUACGAAGAAUUUGUACAAAUGAUGACUGCAAAAUGAAGCUCUCCAGAUCUUUCCUUGCGCCUUCUUCGAAGGGAAAAAAAUAAUCAAAUGUUUUACUUACCUCUUGCAAAAAUGUUCAUUUAUUCAUACUGUUUCUGUAUAGAAUACAUAAGUGAAUGUUGGGGGGUGGGGUGGGGGACUUGUGUCCAUGCUGGGAAAAGAUUAAGAAGAAGGGUCUGCAUGAAAUUCUAGUUGUCCUGUCCCCAAAGAUCAGUAUAGCCUCAGUGAUUAAAAAAUAACCAACUAUACUACCUUGAAAACAAACAAAAAAAAUAGCAGUUGGCAAACUUGAGUUCCAUUUGCUAGUGACUGGGCUGGCCGUGUUUUUCUUCUUCGUUUCCUGCAUGCAGCUUGAGGUCGGGGUGUUCUCUGGCACUGCUAACGUGCUAACGUGCUAAUUCAACAGCAGGGUUAGUGUCCUCAGCAUGGUGCAGGAGGGAUUUUGAGAUUUAAAAAAAAAAAUGCUUGGAGAGAAUCAGGGUGGGAAUCAGGCUUAAGGAAUUUGAGACUUUGUGUGUUAAAACUUUUUUUUUUAAUGAAGGGGGAAAAAAGAUUAGACAUUUGGCAUGUUGGUUUCUUCUGAAGACUACUUCCUCAUUGUGGCUUGUAUGAGGGUAUGGGGUGGUGCAGGUGUUGAAAUGAUGUCACAGUUGCUUUUUGCAUUAAAAGUUUAAAAAAAAAAAACAAAAAAAAGUCUCUUGCGAAGAGGGAUCCUGGUCGACUUUCCCGUUUUAUAUCUUCUGUUCUGACAACCUGAGUGUGUUGAUUUCGUCUUGUAUGUCUGCAAAGCGUAGGAUUUCAGCACAAGUAUUCUAGGCUGUCUGUCUGAAUAAAGUUUACAUCCAUUCCAAGUUGUACAUGCUAGUUUUUUUCCCCCCCAAUAAAAAUCCAUCAACUUUA